GUUCUCAGUUGUUUUUUAGUUGGAAAUGUCAAAUUUUGUGCGUCGAAUUUUUUUAGCAGCUCGUUUUUGGCGCACCGUACGGAAGUUAGCGCAUCCUGUCCGUGGGAGUGAGUUCGAAAGUAUGUCUUCAGCUGAAAAAAGUGGUCUGGCGUUGAAAAAGCUAAAAGAAUUCGGUUAUGCUUUUAAUGCUGACGGGCAAUUGCGAAAAAUUGAUGAAAUUACUGGGGAGCCAGGCGAAGAACCUUUCAAAUUCAGCAUAUUUGAAGACCACGCCAAAAAUCAAGAGCAUUACGAAAAACUUGCUGAUCAAAUCCCUGAUAUAGUCUACGAUUUAUUGGAACAAAAUGGCUUAAGUCGCACUUAUGUACCGGAAGAUAUACCUCAGGAACAAGCAACCUUUAUCUUUACGAAACCUCACAAGCUCGAGCAACCAAAAAAAUUGCUUGUAAUCAUUCACGGCAGCGGAUAUGUUAGAGCGGGUCAGUGGGCCAGAAGUCUUAUCAUUAACAAUUCACUUGACCAUGGCACUCAGAUUCCAUAUAUAAAACGUGCAGAAUCACUUGGCUAUGACAUAUUGGUGACGAAUACGAAUGAUAACUACCGUAAUAUUAAUGGCGAAAGUAAGCCCAUACCACGCGUAGGAUCUGCUUCAGCUCAUGCCAGAUAUGUUUGGGAAAAGUAUGUGAUGGCCUGCAAACCGGAGAGCGUGGCAAUUGUGGCACAUAGUUAUGGUGGGGCAAUCGCAAUGGAUUUGGCCAACCGUUUUACCAAAUUUUUUGAAGAGAGCGUGUUCGCAAUUGCACUAACCGACUCGGCACAUUUUCAAAUACCGGGAAAAGCUAAAAAUGUCGUUUUAGAUAUUGCCUGUAAUUGGGUAUCUGGUUCUGCACCGCUCGACACUGAGAUCUACACAGGAGAAGGUGAAAUGCGCAGUGUAUCGGCUGGACAUCCUAAACAUGAGUGGACUUCUUAUUCUGCUUUUGAAUCAGUUUUCAAAUUCUUGGAAGAUAAAUACGAGCACGCCAAUGCCCUACGUUCUGGUAGUAAAAAAUCGAAAAAAGAAGCCUAAUAGUUCUUGCUGCGAAGUAAAUUAUUCAACAUGCAUAUUCAUAUACAUACUUAUUUAUUUAUAUGCAGAGCUGUUGAUAUUAUCGAUUUAAAAAGCUUAUUUGAAUUGAAAGACGUAGAUUUUUUAAUUAAAAUUUCUGUGCGGAUAAUUGUAAUUGUUAAUUGUAAUACGUUAAUUUUUAAUGUCUUGUAAAUAAUUUUUACAUUCCAUAACAAUGCAUUUAAAGCACCUUUAUCGUGCUCGUCAAUAUUACUUAUAUCAAUUCAUUUAAUUUGAUUUUCACCAUCUAGAGCCAGUUUAGCAAACUUAAUCGCAUUGAUGUGUCUAUGUGAUAAAACACAACCUUUUGAAAGCCAUAUACACGCAUACAUCCGUACAAAAAUACAUUCUGUUAGUGAUGAUGGUCACACUGCAAACAAUUUUGUUAAAAGUGAAUGCUAAAAAACCGUAGAAAACUAAAAAUGUUAAGGGUAGUUUUUAUACGUGCCGGCUUACAUGGAGUAGGAGAUAUCCCUCAAUUGACCUACUGUCAUUUUAUAUGUCGUCACAGCUCGUUACUUAUCGCAUAAUGUGAGCACAAGUAUCAUAAAAAAUAUAAUGUAUAAUAUAAAUACAUAAGUACAGAUGGGACAGAAAACUGAAAAAAAAACUUAAAUCUAUAGGCAUGCAUGAGGUUGGGCCGAUUUUUUUUAUUGCAUUUCUGAGGCAAAAUUCAUAAAUUAAGUAUUUGUAAGCACAUCUCAUCGUUAACAUGUGUGUGUAUGUUCCAUUAAUCUGUGUUAUAAAAUGUCCAAUACAUUUAUUAAAUCAAUUGAAAUUUUUAAUUUCUAGUAAACGACUUAUGUAUGUAUUUGUUUACGUAAAUAUAUAUAUGUGAAGUGAUUGUAUUUUGAAUUUGGAACUGUCGUUUGUUUUCAUGUACACCUGCUGAUGAAAUUGAUCUGAAAUAAAUUUAAAAUAUUUAGAAA